AUGCUGUUAGCUUCCCCACAGUGCGUACUAGCCGUUCGUUUUCGCGCAGGCGGCGAGAGUAACCGUUGCCGCACCUCCAGAUAUGUUCGCCAGAAACGCUACACGCUCGCAGAGCAGUCUCUCAAGAACGCCUUCAAGCACUCUGAAUCGGUGCAGCCCGCUGCACGGGAGUUGCAGAUUCGUGCGUUGAAACAAGCGACCGAAAUGCUCACCUCCCGCGCUCGGGACGCCCAAGAACGCAUCGACACGCUACGGAGUAGGCUGUCCGACCGCCAGGUGGACCCAAGCGUGUACGCAGCUUUGCAGCAGGAGCGGUGGAAGGAAGAGAAACGACAAGCGAUCAUUCAGGAGGAAGUCGUGGUAUUGCAGAAGCAGUUACAGUCGCUUGCGACGAGUGCCACUUCCACGACCCCCACCGUUGAAGAGCGACGGCUGGCCAACCUUGCCCGCUUCCUGCAGACCUCAGCCUCGCCUCGCAGCACGUACUCACGGAAGCGCAUGUCGAUACAGAGUCCGGUGGCACCACGCCUACGCCCACUGUCGCUCUCCACGAAUAGGCCGCAUUCGGCGGACGAGCUCUCCAGGACGCGGACCGAGAAGCCUGCCGUCCCCAUACAACCGUCCGGUAGCAAGCGAUUUCUCAGCCCUAUCUUGCCUAGCAAAUCAAGCCCAUCCUUACGAUCUCCCUCGCUCUCCUCUUCGUCAACGAGCCAUGAAUCAUCCCCUCAAACUGUCAACACUGAUUUCUCGCCAAGGACGCCGUGGUUCUCUCACGACAGUGCUACUGGAGGAACGGUCACAAUCUUUAGGGACAGUGUACAAGUAUAUACGGAAUCCGAUCAAGUCAUACCUGAAGACCUGCACGUAGACAUGCCCGAUUACGCUCGUAACUUGAUCGAAGAAUUCGAUACCUGUGUCACACCUCGCGACCUUCCUCUUUCAUCACCCCUUCCCCCACCGUCACGAAUCCCUAGUGCACCUUCAUCAUCGGAAGGACCUUCUACACCCCUUGUGUCGCCCCAGCUAGGCACAGCACAAACGCCUCUAUCCUCACCAAACUCGUCCACGCCUAACACACCUUCACGCCUGCGCAAAAAACUGUCGCGCCGUAGUUCACUCUUCUCUAUCCACGAGGCCAUCUCAUCUCGCAUAAACUUCGUUGGCGACCACCUCACUUCAUCCUUCUCUCACAAACCCUCGUUGUCAAGCCUACGCUCACCGCAGCCUAGUGUUCUAGAAACAGUAGGGGAAGUCGAUGAUACAGCGAGCACAAAUGCAACGACCGUCACCCGAGUGUCCUUUGCCUCCAGAAUAAAGCGAAAGGUCCUGCGUCCAUAG